AACUUGAUGAAUUUGUAGAACCUGCAAAACCUGAUAAAUUUGCAGAAUCUAAUAAAUCUGCAGAAUAUGAUAAAUCAGCAGAUCUUGCUUUGAAUAAAAACUAUAAUGACAAGACCUCUUUGGAAGAAUUUGGCUAA